GGAAGAGCAGUUAUUCUAAUUUUGGUAUUCGGUCAACGAGGCGUGACGGUUUUCUUGCUUUAUGAUGCUAAGUAGUAACUCCUUCUCUUUAAACCUUUCGAACGAAGACUAUAUAUGGCCACUAGAAGAAGACCAAGAAGAAACAACAGAUAGUAGUGGUCCUAUGAUGUUAAGCCCACCGCUGCCAGAGGGCGCUUGCUUUAACUUUGAAGACAGAAACACUGUGUAUGUGCAUAGUAGAAGACCUGAAGACACUCCCAAGUCAUUUGAGCUAUAUUCCAUUCCGGAAGACUUGGCCUUGGAUAGUCCUUUUCCUAGCUGUGAGCAAACAACGUUUUUCACGACAAAACCUGAUAAAAGUUUCCUCCUGGAUAUUAAGAAUUCCUCACCUUUGAACAUAGGAAGGAUGCAAAACUCUAGAAGCUGAGCUUAGUUUAUUUGAAGUUUUUGACAACGACUCGGAAAACAGGGGUUGUCCUUGUAGUUUGUUGAAUAUAUUUUAUCAAAGGGUUGUUUGAGUGGAUUGAUAUUGUAAACUAGUAAAGUUUUCGCAUUUAUAUGAACUUUCGACACCGAUUCUUUACC